AGGCAAGCCAAUAGGUAUAGGUAUGUGGGGUUCGUCUCUCAAAGAGUUUGAAGCUGUUCCACGAUUCUGGCGGCUUGGCGCCAUUGGCACUUGCAUUCUAUGAAAGCAGCAGAGCAUGGCUUCAGCACUGCUGUCUUCUGCCCCUCUGCAUGCAGCUUCGUUCUUCCAGGUACAAACCGCGACUUCCUCCACUAGGACGUCUCCCGUCCGACAGCUUCCCCCAUCCAAUCGAUUCCUGAUUACCCAACUCCCGCAAAGGGCUCUCAGGACUCUGAGCAGGCCGUCCGUUAGGCAAGGGGUUGUGUGCAUGGCGACCCGGGAGGAGGAGAAGAGGGAGGGACCUCACCGCUUUCUGCGGUUUGCCGCUGGCGCUGGGGCAGCCACUGCAGCGAUCGGUGCGGCAGCGUGGGCCGUUCGCAAGCACGGCGAGGAGAGCUCGCACCACGUGAUUGACGAGGCAAUUGCUGCAGGUGCUCCCCCUUCGGCAGCGGCCGGGGGCCUCGGUGAAGGCGGCAGCCGUGGGUACACUGUGCAGCAUGGAGACACACUCACCAAGAUCGCAGACCGCCUGGGAGCGCCAAUCUCAGUCAUUAUGGAGGCAAACCGGUUGAAGGACGACAGGGUCUACGCCGGUCAACAACUUUGGGUUCCGAAGACGUACACGAUCAGGCCGGGCGACACUCUUUCCAAGAUCGCCCGGGAGUUCUCCACCAGCAUUGACGUGCUAUCCAAGAUGAACGGUAUCAAGGACCCGGACUUCAUCUUUGCAGAUGACGUCCUGCUCCUUCCCUAAGCUGCCUCGGACCUAAGAAGAAACCUUACAAAUAGUCAAACGCCCGGCUCUUCGUGUGUUCGAUCAAGAGCUGUUCAAUUUAUGCUUUUGAUCACAUGGUCAUAAAAUAACUUUGGUCCGACGAAGGCCGGUACGUCAGACGUCACGCCAAAAGGAACGACCCAGAACGUUGGAAAGGGAUCGGCGUACUUUGGUCCAGACACACGGUUCAAACGGUUUCGUGCGUAAGCACACAGUCGUUUAGUACAUAGCUUAGAGUAUGCAUAGAAGCGCUUUAUUCUUGACACAAGCAUAUUGUAGGUUGACCAGGCUGAACCAGGUCAUGGAACGCUUUUUCCAAACAACCCUGCAAUUAUAGCUGUGAUACGGCGUCUAGUUUUCGUCGACUUUCUGUCGUCAGCCGGAUGUCCGAACGGGUAUAAGCAUGUCAGGCCCCGUGAUCCCCCUGCGAGAGGUGACAAGUAUGAACAACAGACGGUGGAUUAGAUUUUUAUCUCUUCCGAGUCAGCGCUUAAGCUUGCGGACUGACUAUAUAUCACAAGUGUACAUGCCGAGGCGCCUAGCAAGC